CUCCUGCUGCCCCCCCAGAUCCGUGGCAAAGGCCUCGACUGGCCCCUGAUCGUGAAGGACUUCAACCUGCUGCGCUGGCUGGGGGCAAACUCUUUCCGCACCAGCCACUACCCCUACGCCGAGGAGAUCAUGGACCUGUGCGACGCCUACGGCAUCGUCGUGAUCGACGAGUGCCCGGGAGUGGGGAUUAAAAUGCCCGAGAGCUUUGGGAACAAGUCCUUGCAGCAUCACCUUGUUGUGAUGGAGGAGCUGAUCCGCAGGGAUAAGAACAGGCCAUCAGUCGUGAUGUGGUCGGUAGCCAACGAGCCGGCAUCAGAGCUGGCCCCAGCAGCUUACUACUUUAAGACAGUCAUAUCUCACACUAAAGCUCUCGAUCCCUCCAGACCAGUAACCUUUGUGACAGAUGCUAAUUAUGCACUUGAUCAUGGUGCUCCUUACGUGGAUGUAAUUUGUGUAAAUAGCUACUUCUCCUGGUACCAUGACCCAGGCCAUCUGGAAGUUAUUCCACUACAACUCACAUCACAGUUUGAGAACUGGUACAAAACCUACCAAAAACCCAUCAUCCAGAGUGAAUACGGAGCGGACUCAGUUCCUGGACUUCACAGUGAUCCACCUCUUAUGUUCAGCGAGGAAUAUCAGAAAGCCAUGCUAAGAGAGUACCAUUCUGUUUUUGACAAAAAGAGGAAAGAGUAUGUGAUCGGGGAGCUCAUAUGGAAUUUUGCUGAUUUCAUGACUAAUCAAGGGACAACACGAGUUUUGGGGAACAAGAAAGGAAUAUUUACUCGUCAGCGACAGCCCAAAUCAGCUGCAUUUGUUCUUAGAGAAAGAUACUGGAAGAUUGCAAAUGAAUCAAGCUGUCUUCCUCCUAUAAUAAAGUCACAUACCCUCUUUCUAAAAUGAAAUCAAAAGGUAUAGUGGCUGGGUACUACGCUGAACUUGUUCAUUAAAAUUUCUGUUUAAAUA